UAAAACCAAACAGAAACGCUUCAACAAAAAAUUGAUCAAAUUUGCUAUUCUGAUCUCCAGCUCAUCAAUCUCAUCCUUAUACAUAUUCUCUUAAUCUCCUGAAUACCAAGAAUACUAGCUACCAUAUCCAUGGAAAGGCCAGAAGGGUAUCCAGUAGUAGAUGCUACAGAAAUCGAUCAGCCAUCAAACUCCGGCGCAUCAUUUCUCAGCACCAAGAAUGAUAUGUCACAACUAGAAAGCGGUCUACUUCGAAGAAACUACAGCGACGUGGGUGAAAAAAACUACUACAGAUUCCAAUCAAAAGUUGGUAAGUUAGUUGAUCCGAGGUUGCUAGCGUUGGUAGAGUUCUUCAGGGAGCUCUAUUUCCGAACACUCGAGCUGUUCAAGAAAAUAUUUCCGGGGCGUCCCGAUAAGUUUCUGGACGAGAUGGCAAAGAAAUUGAACCUGGUUUUAUCACAAGUGAAAUCGGCUCAGACGACCAGGGCUCGGACCAUGCAAAGGAGUCUGAGCAUUGGCUCGCCGCGUGAAUUCAAACCAGACGAGUCGGAAAUGAGGCUGGAGCGAUUCAAGGUCAGAACUAUUGAUGUGGAUGAUGAUGUUGAACAAGGUGUGCAGGAUGAUAAAACCAAGUCCGGGGGCUCAAAGUGAACAGCAAGAACAACAUGCACGUUGAGUUGGAGAAUAUUUUGGAUUUUUUAAAAGGGUUAUUCUUGGUAGGGAAAAGAGUUCUGCUUCCAUGAAUAAGUAGUUGGAAAUUGGAAUGCAAUUUUAUUAUUAUUUUAAUUUUUUUGGUACAGAAAAUUUUAUUUGUUUUUCGGUACAAAAGAGUGCCUCUUUCUUCAUUACUUGGUUACCCAUUGUAAAUAUAUAAAAGGUUUAAAAUUUUGGUUUGGAGAUUGACAA